ACGAGUGACGAGUAACAGCUGGGAAAUGUAGGAGAUAGUUUGGGCUCUUUUAGCAGCUGUGAUGCUGCUGAGGCUCUUCAACUCAGAACCAGAGUGUAAAUGUAAGGAAGGUCGUGGGGUUUUAGUGUAGAACUGAGCAGGUUCUCCGAUGUUAGGAGGGGUUUGGACUGUGGCCAGGUAGAGAACUGUAUUAGGAAGCGAAGUGCUUCCUGCUCCUCACAGACGGCUGGAGGAGUUUAUUUAACACACACCCGAACCUUCAGACAGUCAGCAGAGAUUUCUGACCACGCAGACAGAUAUGGACAACAGCACCACAGACAUUCCUGACAUUCCUUAUGAUGUGCAGAAGUUGCAUAAGGAGGCCUUGAGAAACGGUGUGCUGAACUCGACGCAGGCCAGCUCUCUUUUAGGUGGUCAGUCCGUCAAAGAGGUCAUUGUAAACAAGUGCUACACCCCUCUAUCCGCCAGUGUGAGCGAGGAGGCCGGCCUGGAGGAGAGUGAAGCGUGGGAGACGUUGGAUGCUGUGAUCUCUCGAGAGUUUGCAGCAGGCCAUGGGGGAAGUAAGGUCCAGCUGUGUGGAGGAGUUGGGGUGGGGAAGACCACAGCGGUCCAGCAGCUCAUUUGGGAGUGGGCCACGGACUCCCGUUUGCAGCACUACGCACUUCUGCUGCCGGUGUGCGUCAGAACGCUCUGCACAAGCGAACAGAGUCUGGAGAGCUUGCUGCUGAGCACACAUGCACACCUCUCGGCCAAGGCUCUCGCGUCUGCCCUGCAGAGGCCUCAGUCGCUGUUCCUGGUGGUGGACGGGCUGGACCACUUUCAGGACCUUUUCUCUGAAUUUCCACUAUCCGACACACGGGUGAGUGACCCACAGCAGCCAGCAGGGGGUGCUGUGCUGCUGCACAGUCUGCUGGAGGGUUCUCUGCUGCCUGGAGCCUCAGUCCUCCUAACCUGUAGAGAAGCUGUCCUGCUGGAGUCUUUGCAGUGUGUUCACCUACUAGGCUUCUCCAAGGCUCAGAGGAGAAGCUUCUUCCAGCGGUUUUUCAACAACGAGGCUGAAGGAGAGCAGGUUCUCCAUCGCUGCGAGCAAGCGGUGGGCGUGGCCAAGCUGUUCAGGUGUCCUGCCUUCUGCUGGACACUGUGCAAUGAGUGUAAGGAGCGUGUGCCGGAGACGCUGACUGAGCUGUGCUGUGCAGUCACGCACACACUGCUGCGGGAACACAGGGUGAAUGUGGAGGCAGGCAAGCAGCUUCUCUGUGGUCUGGGCAAACUCGCGGACCACUGCAACUCCCAGGCGCAUGCACACUGCUCCACCGCUGAGGUCAUCGCCUGCGGCCUGCAGCCCUUUCUGGGCUCCCCUGUCCUUUCAGCUUUCAUGCGUAUCAGCGGAGACGACGUCUCUUCUCCUGAUGCCACAUUCUCCUUCUUGUCGCCAGUCUUCCAAGAGUUUGUACUGGCAGUCUUCUUCUACAUUGACCAGUCAGCUCUCCAGUCUGAACAGGAUGAAGCCAGAAUCCUGGAAGACGGACCAGACCUGUAUCAGAUGUUUCUGGCCGGGCUUUCGGACCCAGCGCAGCGGAAGCUUCUGGAGGCCUCCAUCGGGCAGCUCAGCAGCGGCCGUCUCUCAGAGUUCCACCAGUGGCUGAUAAGCUUAGUCGUGGAGGUGCUGCCAGGCUUCGAGAAAGAAAAGCACUGUUGUGUUUUCCGUCUCCUUCAUCACGCACGCAGCCCCGCGCUGGUCAGAGAGACCGUGGGGGCCUGCAAGUGGAGGGCGAUCAGCUAUGCUGGCCUGCAGAUGCCGGACUGCGCGGGCUUGGUGUUUGUAGUGCGCUGCCUGGGAGAGAUGGAGCACCUGAACUUGUACAGGAGUGAGCUGACGGACGCGCAGGCGCAGAAGCUCAUACCUGCCCUCCGCCUGGCCAAAUCCAUCAAUUUGUCUCAGAGUCGUCUGAGCUCAGGGGUGAUCACGCACCUCGCCCGGGCGAUGAUGGAUGGACAAACCACCUGGCUGGACCUGUCCAGCUCCAUACUGAGUGUUGAAGCACUGAAGAUCCUGUGUCGAUCCCUCACCCACUCAAACCUGCACACGCUCUGUUUGAGGACGUGCAGUCUGACUCCUGCAUGCGGUGAGGUGCUCGGCAAGAUGCUGUCUGAUUUUAAGCUGUGUGUGUUGGACCUGGGAGGAAAUAAGCUACAGAACCAGGGCCUUACUCAGCUUAUCGGCGCUCUGGGGACGUCCAGCUGCAGACUGCAGGACCUCAGUCUAGAUCAUUGUUCUCUGAGCGGGGAGUGUGUUGCUUUGUUGUCGUCGGCUGUAAGCUCUUCUCUCUCUGAACUGAAGAAGCUGAACCUGAACUGGAACCAGCUGGCUGAAGACACUCUGGAGCUUCUCUCACAGGCCUUGCAGACCGGCCGCUGCAGCCUCAGCGCACUGCAGUUAUUUGACUGUGAGCUGACUGCUUCAUGCUGCCCUUCCAUAGCCGCAGUCCUCCAAUCACAUAACUGCUGUCUGACCGAGCUGGAUCUGUCCGUCAAUGAACUUGACCAAGCAGGAGCUCUCCUCAUCUGUGAUGCCCUCAGAUCCCCUAAAUGUCCAUUAGAGAAGCUGUGUAUGAAAAAUUGUGAGCUGACGGAGCAAGUUUUCAGCGCACUGGGCAGCGUGUUAGUGUCUGGGACGUCCAGACUGAAGGAGCUGGCCAUUGGAAUACAACCAGUAGGAGAUGCUGGAGCCAAACACAUCUGGAAGGCCCUGAAACACACUCAUUGCAGGCUACACCAUCUGGAUCUUGAAAUGAUUUCAUUGACCGACACCUGUGUGGACGAGCUGUGUGAAGCAGUUGCCGCCAGCAACUCCUUAACAACCCUUAUUCUGAAGAACAACAGCCUGACCGACAUUUCUGUGCCCCGGUUGGUCAAACUCGUUCAGGACCAUCCAAUCAUAAAAGAGCUCAACCUGCAGUAUAAUGACUUCAGUGAGGACGUGUUCGAGCUGAUGGACACCUGCCCAAAUAUACGAUACUAGCACAGCUCAGUGCGAGUGGACACACCAGGCCUGCCAGGUCCACACGAUGAGUGCCUGUAAUUGAGAAGAUCGAAAACUGUGCAAAACGAUCACUCACUGCAGAAGAUCUAUUAUUACUGCCUUAUUAACUGUGAAGCAUUUAUGAAUAAUGCAGUGUGUGCAUUUUAAUAUCUACUACAACAUUGCUUAAAUUUUAAAGCCUUUUUAUACCGACUUUAUGCUCCGCGUACUCCACUGUUCACAAGCUUGGAAUUACUGUUUUAAAUAAUAUGAAACCACUUUUGCAGAAGAUUAAUAGAAUAUGAUUCUAAUAGGAUUCUGUAAAAGUAAGAACAGUAAAAAAAAUGAAGAAAUAUGUCCAGAAUGGUGUCAUUAAAAGUCGUAAAACAUUGAGAAUUAACGUCAAAUAAAACCAUCCCAUCCCAAAUUACCAUCCAGAAUGCCUUGAAACUGAAAAGUGGUGAUGAAAUCUUAAGCAGAUAACUUGCACUGUAUGAACAAAGUAUUGGGACACCUACAUAUUACACCCACAGGAGCUUUUAUGACAUCCCAUUCUAAAUCCAUAGGCAAUAAUAUGGACUCUUCUGGGAAGCUUUCUACAAGAUUCUGUACUGUGUCUGUUGGAAUUUUUGCUCAUUCACCCAGAAGAGUAUUUUUGUGCUGAUGUUGGACGAGAGGGCCUGGCUCACAAUCUCCGUUCUAGUUCAUCCCAAAGGUGUUCGAUGGAGUUGAAGUCAGGGCUCUGUGAGGGCCAGUCAAGUUCUUCCACACCAAACUCACCCAGCCAAGCCUUAAUGGAGCUUGCUUUGUGCACUGGGGCUCAGUCAUGCUGGAACAGUAAAGGGCCUUCUCCAAACUGUUCCCACAAAGUUAGAAGUGUACAAUUGUCCAAAAUGUCUUGGUGCUGAAGCAUUAAGAUUUACCUUCACUGGAACUAAGGGGCCUAUAGGCCAACACCUGAGAGCAAACCCCAUAGCAUCAUCCCUCCUCCACCGAACUUUACAGUUGGCACAGUGCAGUCAGGUGAGUAAUGUUCUCCUGGUGUUCACCAAACCAAGACUCGUCCAUCAGACUGCCAGAUAGAGAAGUGUGAUUCAUCACUCCCCACAGAAUACGUGUCCACUGCUCCAUAGUCCAGUGGCAGCACUUAACACCACUCCAUCUGACGCUUGCCAUUGUGCUUGAGGAUGUAAGGCUUGCAUGCAGCUGCUCGGCCGUGGAAACCCAUGCCAUGAAGCUCCUGGCGCACAGUUUUUGUGCUGAUGUUGGUGCCAGAGAAGGUUUGAAGCUCUGCAGUUACUGAGUCAGCAGAGCGUUGGUGACUUUUAUGCACUAUGUGCCUCAGCACUCAGUAACUCGCUCUGUAAUCUUACAUGGUCUGACACUUCAUGGCUGAGUUGCUGUGGUUCCUAAAUGCUUCCACUUUUCAAGUUGCAACAGUGGCAUGUCCCACGCUCGAAUUCAGUGAGCUCUUUAGAACGACCCAUUCUUUCACUAAUGUUUGUAGAGGCAGACUGCCUCUACAAACUAGGUGCUUGAUUUUAUACACCUGAGACUAAAUGAAACACCAGAAUUCAGUGAUUAAUAGAUGUGUCCCAAUACUUUUGUCCAUAUAGUGUAUGAAGAAUUACUAUAAAGGGAUAAUUACAAUUUACUAUUUAAUAUUAAUAUUUGAUGACUUCAUGUUCCCAAUGAAAAAUGUUAUAACACCUUCCGGUGUCUUACUGUUUAAUCUACACUAUAUGAGUUAUUAUUGAAUAAAAUAAUACUAAUUAUCAAUAUGAUCAGUGAUACCAAACUUUUGACCAGUAGAGUACAUUAAUUCUUACAGAACAUUCUGCUUGCACACCUAAGAUAGUAUCUGUUACUUUUUUGGUUGUUGUUUGAUUGUUUACAAGUGCUGAUACAAUAAUCAUCUCAAAAAAGUGAGGGGACCUUUAAAAAACAUGAGGGAAAAUUCAGUUUACCAUGAUGUAGCCCUUCAGUGGCACAGUAACAAAAACAGAGGUUGGAAAAUGGUAAAAAAAAAAAACAUGGUACAUAAAACUGCACAUGCAUUAAAAUAAAAUACAAGAAAAAUGAUAACAUGUCAAUUUCACAGCUGUUAUCAAUAAAUCACAGUUUUGUACUUAC